GGGCCUGGGCGUCUGAGGCGAGAGAGCGGCGGCGGGCGGCGGGCGAGAUGGAGGCCGUGCCCCGCAUGCCCAUGAUCUGGCUGGACCUCAAGGAGGCCGGAGAGUUCGGCUUCCACCAGGCCGUCAAGAAGUUUGUUCUGAAGAACUACGGUGAGAAUCCAGAGAACUACAACGAGGAGCUGAAGAAGCUUGAGCAGCUCAGGCAGAAUGCCGUGAACGUGCCCAGGGACUUUGAAGGGUGCAGCAUCCUACGCAAGUACUUUGGCCAGCUUCACUAUCUGCAGAGCCGCAUUCCCAUGGGGGCAGAGCACGAGGCGGCCGUCCCCAUCACCUGGACUGAGAUCUUCUCCGGCAAGGCUGUGACUCACGAGGAUAUCAAGUAUGAGCAGGCCUGCAUCCUCUACAAUCUGGGUGCCUUGCAUUCCAUGCUCGGGGCUAUGGACAAAAGGGUGUCUGAGGAGGGCAUGAAGGUCUCCUGCACCCAUUUCCAGUGUGCCGCGGGCGCCUUUGCCUACCUCCGGGACCAUUUCCCUCACUCCUACAGCGUCGAUAUGAGCCACCAGAUCCUUAACCUGAACAUCAACCUCAUGCUGGGCCAGGCUCAGGAGUGCCUUCUGGAGAAGUCCAUGCUGGACAACCGCAAGAGCUUCCUGGUGGCCAGGAUCAGUGCUCAGGUGGUGGAUUACUACAAAGAAGCCUGCCGGGCUUUGGAGAACUCUGAAACGGCCUCCCUGCUGGGGAAGAUCCAGAAGGACUGGAAGAAGCUGGUACAGAUGAAGAUCUACUAUUUUGCUGCCGUGGCCCACUUGCAUAUGGGCAAGCAGGCAGAGGAGCAGCAGAAGUACGGGGAGAGGGUCAUCUACUUCCAGAGUGCUCUAGAUAAGCUCAACGAAGCCAUCAAACUGGCCAAGGGUCAGCCUGAAACCGUGCAGGAAGCGCUGAGGUUCACCAUGGAUGUCAUCGGCGGAAAGUACACCUCUGCCAAAAAGGACAAUGACUUCAUCUACCACGAAGCCGUCCCUGCUCUGGAUACCUUGCAGUCAGUGAAAGGUGCCCCCCUCGUGAAGGCGCUCCCGGUCAACCCCACAGACCCAGCUGUGACCGGCCCCGAUAUUUUUGCCAAGCUGGUUCCAAUGGCCGCCCACGAGGCGUCGUCUCUCUACAGUGAAGAGAAGGCCAAGCUGCUGCGAGAAGCCAUGGCCAAGAUUGACACCAGGAACGAAGUCUUGGAGCAGUUCAUGGACUCCCUGCAGCUGGACCCCGAGACGGUUGACAAUCUGGACAUGUACAACCACAUCCCGCCCAUCUUGAUGGAGAAAUGCGCGGCGCUGAGCGUGCGCCCGGAGACGGUGAAGAACCUUGUCCAAUCCAUGCAGGUGCUUUCUGGCGUGUUCACGGACGUGGAAGCCUCCCUGAAGGAGAUCAAAGACCUCCUGGAUGAAGACGAGUCCCAGGAGCAGAAGCUGCAGGAGGCGCUGGGCAAGCUGCCCCCACCGCAGCCGGCCUCCCCUCCCCCUCCCUCCCCCUCCUCCUCCCCCUCCUCCUCCGGGCUGGCAGAAGUGGCCAAGGAGUGGGCCAAGUACCUGGAGGUGCACAAGAAGGCCAGCUUCACCAACACGGAGCUGCACAAGGCCAUGAACCUCCACAUCAGCAACCUUCGGCUGCUCAGCGGGCCCUUGGAGCUCGUCAGGGCGGCCUUGCCUGCCCCCAGCCUGACGGAAGAUGACAAGCAGGUGCUGCAGAACCUGAAGCGGAUCUUGGCCAAGGUGCAGGAGAUGAAGGACCAGCGGGUCUCCUUGGAGCAGCAGCUGCGCGAGAUGAUCCAAAAGGACGACAUCACGACCUCCCUGGUGACCACGGACCGCUCCGAGAUGAAGAAACUCUUUGAAGAGCAGCUGAAGAAGUACGACCAGAUGAAGGUCUACCUGGAGCAGAACCUGGCUGCCCAGGAGAACAUCCUCAAAGCCCUGACCGAUGCCAACGUCAAGUACGCCUCCGUGCGCAAGGUCCUCACUGAGGUGGAGCACAAGUGGAACACGACCUUGCAGACUCUGGUGGCUUCCUACGAAGCGUACGAGGACCUGAUGAAGAAAUCCCAGGAAGGGAAAGAUUUCUACGCCGACCUGGAGAGCAAAGUGGCCAAGCUGCUGGAGAAAACCCGGGCGGCCUGCAAAGCAGCCGACGGGAUCCGGCAGCAGGUCUUGGAGAAGGAGACGAAGCGGCGGCCGCCGGCCAGGCCCACCACCCCCAAGCCUGCCCUCCCGAAGAAGGCCUCGGAGCUGGAGCCGGCUGAGCCCCUGGCCCUGGGCGCCCUCUCCCUGGCCGACCUGCCCGAGGAGCUGAGGAGCCUCCCGCCCGAGGUGCUCGCGGCUCACCUGGCCCAGCUGCCUCCCGACGCCCUGGCCGCCCUGGGGGUGGACCCGGCCUUCGCCUGCCCGGGCCGGAGAGCCCCGUGCUCUGAAGGGCGGGGGGCGGCGAGCGGGCCCGGGCAGCCCCCUCAGCUGCCCUUCGCCCCGGGCCAGUUCGUGGGGGCCGCCCACUUGCCGAGGCGCUACCAGCCCCCCCGAAACCCAGCCGGCUCGGGGCCGGGCCCUUUCCCCAGCAUCUCCAGCCCACCCCCCGUUUCCGCCCACCACAUGCCGCCUUCGGCUCCUCAGACGGCCCGGCCUCCCAUGAGCUCUGCUCCCUCCUCGCUGCCCAGCCUGCAGGUCUACCCCCAGGGCACCUUCGUUCGGGGCCCGGCCCUGGCCCCCGGGCAGCCUGGCUACUCUGGGCCACAGCUGGGCCCUCAAAGAACCUCCCCUCAGCAUCUCCCCAUGGCCAUCUCUGGCCCCGGGGCUGGCUACGGCAUGGGACAGCAGGCCCCCAGCAGUGGGGCACUGCCAGCCGUCCAGCCCCCGCCGCUUGGGGCUCGGCCCCCGCCCGUGGCCCCCGCCCACUUUGGCCCCGGCACCUUCCCCUCGCAUGCGCAGGUGGUCCGCCCGGCCACCACCACUGUGGACAGUAUCCAGGGGCCCAUCUCCAGCUGCGCCGCUGCCAGAGGUGUGGCUGGCCCGCUCCCCCAGUGGGCAGGGCCUCCUCCCCAGGGCGGAUUUGUGGGGCCCCAAGGGCCCGGUGUCCCAUUUUCCUAUGCCCAGGCGGGGGGCGGCCCUUUCCUGCAGCAGGGCCUGGCUCCCUUCCCAGCCUCCCAGCCGGGCUUCCCCCCCCACGGGCGUGCCCAGCCUCCCUUGGAGAGGCCCGCUCAGCCGCAGCCAUACCUGCCCCAGUUCCAGCCUCCGCCGCCUGCCUUCCAGCCCCCGUUCCCAGCCCAGGUCUCGGGCCCGUUCCCGGCUCACCCUGCCGGCCAAGGGCAGCUCCCGGUCCAGCUGGGGCCCCACCACCACCACUAUCCGCUGCCGCCCCCUGACACGCUCCCCCUGCACUCUGGCGGCGCCUUGGCCUUCCCCACCAGGGGGCCCGGCCACCCCAUGGGCCUGAUGGGGCCGGGCCAGCCCGUGCCCCUCCGCCCCUCGCUGCCGGGCCAAUCCACCCAGGGGCCCUUUGGCCCCAUCCCGGCUGCCCCCGUGGUGCUAGCAGGGCCGCUGCCCCCGCCGGCAAGCCAGCCCCCCCCGCACCGCGUGCCCCCCGCGCCCAGCCCGGCUCUGGCCCAGAUGCCAGGCGGGGGGGUGGUGCAAGGGCAGGCGCUGCCCUCGCCGGCGCCCUCUCCCCAGCCCGCCCUGGCCCUGCCGCCGCCUCCCGCCGGGCCCUGCCCGCCGCGGCCUCCGUCCUCCUUGGCCACCGGGGCCGCGCCGCUCGGGCCGGCGGCCCCCGAGGCCCAGUUCCAGCGGCAGAGCUCCUCCUCCACCGACGACCUCCUGUCCUCCAGCCCCGAGAGCCAGCACGGGGGCGCCAAGGCCACGGGGGGGCAGCCCCUGCUGCAGCCCACCAAAGCCGACGCCAAGGAGGGCCUGAAGCCCCGGGCCGUGCAGCUGAUCGAGAGCGACCCCUACGCCGAGAAGCCCGAGCGCCUGCGGCGGCUGCUCUCGGAGCUGGGCCGCUUCCAGGGCCUGGUGGCCGGCCUGGGGGCGCCGGGGGCGCUGGACGGCCUCUGGAAGGGGCUGCAGGAGGCCCAGGAGAAGGACGCCCGGCAGCGCUCCAUCGCCAUCGCCCGCUGCUACUCCAUGAAGAACCGGCACCAGGACAUCAUGCCCUACGACAAGAACCGCGUGGUGCUGCAGUCGGGCAAGGACGACUACAUCAACGCCAGCCGGGUGGAGGAGCUCUCCUCCUACUGCCCCGCCCUCAUCGCCACCCAGGCCCCGCUGGCCGGCACCGCCGCCGACUUCUGGCUCAUGAUCUACGAGCAGAAGGUCUCGGUGGUCAUCAUGCUGGUCUCCGAGCAGGAGAUCGAGAAGCAAAAGGUGGUGCGCUACUUCCCCACGGAGCGGGGCCAGCCCAUGGUCCACGGCCCCAUCACCCUGGUCCUUACCAGCCUGAAGGCCACCCCGACCCACGUGGAGAGGAUGAUCACGCUGCAGUUCCGUGACCAGAGCUUGAAGCGCACCGUCAUCCACCUGCAGUUCUCCUCCUGGCCGGAGCUGGGCCUCCCGGACCGCAAGGGGGACCUGCUCCACUUCAUCCAGGAAGUGCACAGCCACUACCUCCACCAGCGGCCCCUGCACACGCCCAUCGUGGUCCACUGCAGCUCCGGCGUGGGCCGCACAGGCGCCUUCUGCCUCUUGUACGCAGCCGUGCAGGAGGUGGAAGCUGGCAACAGCAUCCCGGACUUGGCCCAGCUGCUGAAGCGGAUCCGCCAGCAGAGGAAGCACAUGUUGCAGGAGAAGCUUCACCUCAAGUUCUGCUACGAGUCUGUCCUGAAGCACGCCAAGCAGGUGCUGCAGAGGCACGGCGUCCCGGCACCCUCCGCCAGCAAGCCGGCCGGCAGCCCUGCUGCCGCCGCCGCUGCCGCCUCUCAAAAGUCCUACGCCCACCAGGACCCGCAGGAUCUGGUGCUGGGAGGCGACAUGCCCAUCAGCUCCAUCCAGGCCACCAUCGCCAAGCUCAGCAUCAGACCCGUCUCGGGAGGCGCGGAACCGUCUGCAAACGGGCAGCAGCCGGAGCCCCCGCCGCCGCCGCCCAGUGCCGCCGCCGUUCCGGCCCCCGCUGCUGCCCAAUCUCCCAGCCGCCCUCGGCCGAGCCUUUGGGUCCCGCUGGCGCAGCGCCACCCCCCGCCCCUCUCUCCGCCUGCCCCACCCUCCCCAGCGCCUGUGGCUGCAGCAGCAGCAGAGAACAGCAACCACGUGGAAGAGGAGGAGGAGGAGGAGGAGGAGGAGCGCCCCAGCCUGCGGGCCCUCCCGGAGGCGGAGCCCUCGGCCGGCCUGGGGGGCCCUUCCUCGUCCUCCCUGGAGCUCCUGGCCUCCCUGACGCCCGAGGCCUUCACCCUGGACAGCGCCCUCAAGGGCAGGCACAAGAUGAGCAAGCAGAGCUUCCUCCAGCCCCAGAACGGGGAGGGCCUGCGGGGGGCCCGGCCCAGCGACGACCCCCUCAGCAUGCUCGACCCCCUCUGGACACUCAAUAAAACCUGAGAGCAGAGGAAGGGGGGCGGGGCAGGGGACUGGAGGCUCCUACGCGGCGUCUGGAGGGCCGGAGCCGGGGGCCUCCCGGUCGCUGUCGUUCUGCCUUCUGCCCAUACGGUUUCCCAAAGACCUCGCCUAGCUGUGGGCCAGCAGAAAGACAUUCCAAGCCAGCUCUUCCCCGAUGCCCCCACGCUGCUCCUCCUCCUCCUCCUCCUCUCCCGACGCAUGCAACCAGGAGGACUGAGGCGCCCUCGUCAGGGCUGUGUUGUGCAACGCUCCUCUUCCUGUCCACCUUCCUGUUGAGGGCGGGGGCAGCAAUGGCGGAAAGGUCCGUGGGAUUUGGGUUUGUGCUUUGGGCAACGGGCCUGGGGACGUUCUCCCCCCCUCCCCUCCCCUCCCCGCCCCAGUCCUUUUGGUCAGUUCCAGAGCUGCCCAGGUGGAGACAGGAAUGGAGCCUGGCCGUCAGGGAAGGCAUCCCGGCUGGACAUGGCGGCUUUGGAGCGCAGCGUCGACUGCCCUGUUUCCUGCCUUGCGCCUUCACCCCCGAGGGGAUUGCACGGGCCCCUUGCUGCACCGCCGUCCGUGUCCUUCGGUGCACCCGUCCUUCGAUCACGAGCGGAAUGCGCUUUGGGGCAGAGGGCCUGACACCACAGCCCUGGAAGCCGCCAUCUCCGGACUGGCACAAGGCUCUCCUUCCUUUCUCCUCUGCUGAGCGCGAGAGCCCCGAACUUGCGCCCACACGUGUUGGAGCCCUUGAAGUCCGUGGGCCACGUUGGGACCAAGCGGAAGCCGUUCCCGAGUUUUGUGGCCACCCUUCUGCAACGGCUCGCUGCCUCCAGCGAGGAUUGGCUGCCAUUUUCCUGCAGCCUCUUGGACGUCACGAUGGCAGCGUGAGUUCGGUUUGGGGCUCAUGGGUUAUUUGGCUCAGACUGCCCCACGUAUUUAGCUCCUGGUCAAGAGGCACCGUCACGCCUCCCUUGGACUUGCCAGCUCAGCUUUGCCAAGGUUUUGGCCGCUCCUGUCGCUCAGCCGGCAUCUCCUCUCCUGGCCCCGCAAAUGCUCAUUGGAGACUCUCGAAAGGGCUGCUACGAUUCCUUAACAGGCAACGAUCAUCAUCCCACGCUCCGACACCACCUGACCCUCAAGUCACGAUGGACCAGACCCAGCUGUUGCAAGUAUUUACUUCACCCGAAACGCAAGAGCACGCAAGCACCUUUGGGGCUCUCUUGCAGCCAACUUGAAUCCUUCGGCGUGCCUCUGGCAGUCACGACGGCGACCUUAAACAAGUGGAACUGUGUUGUGAGGGUUAGGGAGCGAGGAGGGCGAGUGGGUGACAAGGGCCAGGAAUUGCCCUAUUUACGAUACCCAAGGCAGGCGGAAGCAUCACACGUAUAGUGAGCAGGGCAGGGAAAAACGGGACAAUAUCCCCAGAGGAAAUUAAAGGGGCAAAAUCAGGUAACGAAAACGGUGUGCUUUAUUAGCUUCAACAAUGAACCUUCGCAUUUACUCCUUUUAGGAUGGCUGCCUGCCUAAAUUCAGUGGUUAUCUUCAUAGUUGUGGGGGAGAAGGAGCCGAAGUGGGAACGGGCUGUCUGACGGACAGGGGGAGGCAAAGCCCCCCCCCCGGUGGGGUUUCUGGGUUCCUCUGCUCUCAUUUUCUUUUUUGUACAAAAUAUAACACUCUUGACUUACUCUGUAAUUUAGAACCAACUUUUUUCAGCUCUUUGCUAUUAAAAAAUAAACGGGGCAUUUGGAGAAGG